GUCCAUGAAAACUGUCUGGAUGCGGUUGGAAGGUGCCUCGGGUUUGGGACUGGUCCCCCUGGGGUUCCUGAACGUAUCAUGGUGGGUUCUGGGUAUUUAACAUUCUACCCUGGAGAACGGCCUGUCGUUGCGCAAGCGCGGCUCUUUGAACGUGCAUGAAUGAGGAGUGAGGAAAGCUCAGGAGCUCUGGGAGUACAGGGACUGAGGCGAACUCAGACCGGAUCAGCCAUGGAAGGACGGAACUGCAACAACAUCUGCUCCUGGACGCAUAAACCCGCUACGGACUCCAAGAAGAAGAAAAAGAAAAAGGAAAUCCCGGAGAGGGUGACUUUGAAGAAGGAGAUCGGGCUGCUGAGUGCCUGCACAAUCAUUAUAGGAAACAUCAUUGGCUCUGGGAUUUUUAUUUCUCCAAAGGGGGUCCUGGAGCACUCUGGUUCAGUGGGUUUGGCUCUGGUGGUGUGGGCACUGGGUGGCUGUGUCGCUGCUCUAGGCUCAAUGUGCUACGCUGAGUUGGGUGUCACCAUUCCCAAAUCUGGCGGUGACUACUCCUAUGUGACAGAGAUAUUUGGUGGGCUGACAGGGUUUCUGUUGUUGUGGAGCGCAGUCCUCAUCAUGUACCCAACAACCCUUGCUGUUAUUGCCCUUACUUUCUCCAGCUAUGUGCUGCAGCCUGUCUUCCAAAACUGUGCUCCUCCAUACAUGGCAACACGACUUUUAUCUGCAACGUGUCUUUUAUUGCUGACCUGGGUGAACUGCUCCAGUGUCCGUAUGGCCACCAGAAUCCAGGAUGUUUUCACAGUGGGAAAACUUAUGGCUUUGUGUCUAAUCAUUGUUGUGGGUCUGGUACAGAUCUUCAAUGGAAACUAUGAAGCACUGACUACUAAGGUGGCCUUUUCCAUGGACAGGACACCAUCCGUUGGACAGGUUGCUCUGGCAUUCCUGCAGGCCUCCUUUGCCUUCAGUGGGUGGAACUUUCUCAAUUACGUUACUGAAGAGGUGGUUGACCCCAGACGGAAUCUACCUCGCGCCAUCUACAUCUCCAUUCCACUGGUGACGUUUGUGUACACGCUCACCAACAUCGCCUACUUUUCUUCCAUGUCACCCGAGGAGCUGCUAUCCUCCAAUGCUGUGGCUGUUACAUUUGGUGAGAAACUGCUUGGAGCCUUUGCUAUCGUUAUGCCCAUCUCAGUGGCUCUGUCCACCUUUGGGGGAAUCAAUGGUUACCUGUUCACCUCUUCAAGGUUGUGUUUCUCAGGAGCUAGAGAGGGACAUCUUCCCAGCCUGCUAGCUAUGAUUCACUACAAGAAAUGUACGCCCAUCCCAGCCCUCCUGGUUUGCUGUGCUGCCACUAUUGUUAUACUGUGCAUCGGAGAAACCCACAACCUGAUCAACUACGUCUCCUUUAUCAACUAUCUGUCAUACGGUGUCACCAUUGCAGGUCUGCUGUGGUACCGUUGGAAGAAACCUAACUUAUAUCGACCUAUUAAGGUAAACCUGCUUGUCCCCGUGUCCUACCUUAUGUUCUGGGCAUUGCUACUGGGAUUUAGCCUGUACUCAGAGCCAGUCGUUUGUGGUGUUGGUUUGGUCAUCAUGCUUACCGGUGUUCCUGUCUAUUUUCUGGGUGUGCACUGGAAAGAAAAACCAAAGUGUAUCGACAAUUUUAUUGAAUGGGCUACAUCUGUGGGCCAGAAGUUGUGUUUCGUGGUCUUUCCUCAGAUUGACCCUAUUGAGAUUGCCAGUCCUUCAGAAUGGACUGAUCGGUCAACCGGCAGAAAAAGUUUCUCUGGCAGAUCGUAAAGGUUCCUUUUCUGAACAUGUGAAGAUUUGUGUUCUUGCUCCUAUUUUAAAAUUGCCGUUGUUUAUGUUGAGGUGUUCUUUACUACAAUGAAAGUCUCCAGUCUGAUUUCUGAUCCUGAUAAAUCAGCUUUUCAUCUAAUAUUCAAGUGAACAUGCCUGCUGUUCUGUUUGAUGUGUGAAUUUUUAAAUUUCAUGUAUUGUCUUUUGAGGAUCAACGUGUAAAAAUCUAAUGGCCUUUGUUACCCUUUCAUUCUUCUACAGAACCCUGAUUGACUGACAUUAGGUAAUCAUGUCUUUUAGUUAUAUUUAGGGUUUCAUUGUGCUCUAAAGUCUUUUCAACAAGAUCAAAACCAAUGAAAAGGAAAAAAAAAUUAGGCACCGUUUAUUUUUAAAAGCAAUUAAAACCCCACAAAAAUGUACUUUGUUUCUCCCACUCCAUUCCUCUGCUAGCUGACCCCUUUGUUAAUGUGUUUCAUAAAAAGUGCCAUAUACUGUAAAGUACCCUUCCCCCCUCACACACACACUUUCUGUUUAACUUGUAUGUUUAUGUUUCAGAUCAUCAGGCAAAUGUGAACAUCGAAACAAAGCCUCAGUAAAUGCUAAUAUAUAUAUAUAUAUACAUAUAUAUAUAUAUAUAUAUAUAUA